AUGCUUCUACUAAUUGCUCAGAUGUGCAAACAGCAAAAACAGUCGCAGAUUAUCUGCGUUGUUACCGUGUUUCUCAUAAUCUACUUACUUCACUCCCACUCCAAUGGCCGUGGACACAGCGCUAUUCAACCGGCCAGAUCGAUGGAAGGGGUCAGAACCGGCUUACAGCAAAUUGGAUCCGUGGCAAACUUGGCCGUCUACAGCGUAUUCCUCGAUAGACGCAUGAGCGACAACCAAACAGAACAUCGUGCCCUUAAUGGCCACAUAAAUGGCGUUUUGCGGAUAAUUCUGGUGAAGAAACGAGAAUUCCGACCCCGACUGCGCUGCAUUUUUCCUGAUAAAACCGAAGUGCCGUCGAGGGAUUUGCGUGGGAGCGAUUUCCACUUCUACGAAUUAACCGAAAACCACCAGAGACCGUAUGGCGGCUACACAGUUCACUGCGACGUACCGCCAGACGCGCAGCUUCACGGUCUGGUCGUGAUUUCGAUGGACGAGCCCGACAGAGGGGCUACACCGCCACAUUCCUCGCACUUUCGCUACAGAUUUGCAGUCUGUGUGCCCGCUCUCCACCACCUAGCUAAUUUCAAUUUGGCCUUCCUAGGUGACUGGUUUGAAGUCCACAUCCGCCUUGGUGUCACAAAAUUUAGGAUAUACUACAGCGAGGUUCUAUCUGGAGCGCUAAAAAGCCUCUUUUUCUCCCUUCAAAACAGGGUAGAAGUCGAUCUUAUACCCUUUUUUUGGCCGGGCAAUGACCAAGCGAUUUCCCGUGACUCCUGGUAUUACCUUCAGACUACGACGGUAAACGACUGCCUCCUGCGAAGCCUCUACGACACCGAGUAUGUUUUCUUUGGAGACUUGGAUGAAAUCCUCGUGCCGCACCAGGCUGGCAUCGUCGACUGGGACGGGCUCGUGCAGGCGGUGUGGAAGGACACUCGUGUGCCAGGCAUCUGCUUUCCGACGCACGAAUUCCACACCGCACCGUCAAAGUCCUUCAGCCUGGCCGCCAACAUCCUACGCACGGCCCAGAUGGAUCCAUUCCGAACGAAGUGCCUUGUCCAGCCCACCGCCAUCUUCGAAAUGGGCAUCCAUCAUAUCAGCAAGCCGUACGAGGAGGCCUCUUUGCGCAUUCAGCCCAAACUCAACAUCACCCAAUACGCUUUCAUCCACCAUUACAAAAAGUUCCCUCCUAAAGCCACCGAGUACUACUCGUUGAAACACCAUUUGAUGGUGAAUGUGAAAUUUAAAAACCGGUUCUGUUUGAAUGAGUGA